AUCCCCGUCGGCUCUCGCGGCUCCCGCGUUGCAUCAUCUCCAGCCCGCGACCGCUGUGGGAAGGUUGGGCGCGGCGCGAUCCACUCGGGCCGGUGCUCCAGCCCGCUCUUCCGCGCCUCUCCUGGCCCUCUCCACACCUGCUUCUGCACCCAGGCCGGGAGCUCCCUGCUGGCCGCCUCCGAGAGCCCGCGGGACACAGCUGGCAGACAUCGCCAGCUCCGCCUGACCCGUUCAUUGAGAGCCCCGUCUUAUCCCAGAGCAAAGUCCCCCCCCUCCUCCCCCACAGCUCGGGGCCGCGGGCAGCGCCAUGGAGAAGAGCGGCGAGACCAACGGCUACCUGGACAGCACCCAGGCGGGGCCUGCGGCUGGGCCUGGCGCGCCCGGGUCCGCGGCGGUACGCACGCGGCGCUGCGCCGGCUUCCUACGGCGGCACGCGCUGGUGCUGUUCACGGUGUCCGGAGUGGUGGCGGGCGCCGGCCUGGGCGCGGCGCUGCGCGGGCUCGGCCUCAGCCGCACGCAGGUAGCCUACCUGGCCUUCCCCGGCGAGAUGCUGCUCCGCAUGCUCCGCAUGAUCAUCCUGCCGCUGGUGGUCUGCAGCCUGGUGUCGGGCGCCGCCUCCCUCGACGCCAGCUCUCUUGGGCGCCUGGGCGGCAUCGCCAUCGCUUACUUCGGCCUCACCACCCUUGGCGCCUCGGCGCUCGCUGUCGCUUUGGCGUUCAUCAUCAAGCCUGGGUCUGGCGCGCAGACACUUCAGUCCAGCGACCUGGGGCUGGAAGACUCGGGGUCCCCUCCGGUCCCCAAAGAGACAGUGGACUCUUUCCUCGAUCUGGCCAGAAACCUGUUUCCCUCAAAUCUUGUGGUUGCCACUUUCCGCACGUAUGCAACUGAUUAUAGAGAGGUGACCCACAACACGAGCUCUGGAAAUGUAACCUAUGAAAAGAUCCCCAUCGGCACCGAGAUCGAAGGGAUGAACAUUUUAGGGCUGGUCCUCUUUGCCCUGGUAUUAGGAGUGGCCCUAAAGAAACUCGGCUCUGAAGGAGAAGAGCUCAUCCGUUUCUUCAAUGCCUUCAAUGAAGCGACGAUGGUGCUGGUGUCAUGGAUUAUGUGGUAUGUGCCUGUGGGCAUCAUGUUCCUGGUUGGAAGCAAGAUUUUGGAGAUGAAAGACAUCAUCGUGCUGGUGACUAGCCUUGGAAAAUAUAUCUUCACAUCUAUAUUGGGCCAUUUUAUUCAUGGAGGAAUUGUUCUGCCCCUUAUUUAUUUUGUUUUCACACGAAAAAACCCGUUCAGGUUCCUCCUGGGCCUCCUCACACCGUUUGCCACAGCAUUUGCCACGUGCUCCAGCUCAGCAACCCUUCCCUCCAUGAUGAAGUGCAUUGAGGAGAACAACGGUGUGGACAAGAGGAUCAGCAGGUUCAUCCUCCCCAUUGGGGCCACCGUGAACAUGGACGGAGCAGCCAUCUUCCAGUGUGUGGCCACCGUGUUCAUCGCCCAGCUCAACAACAUUGAGCUGAGAGCAGGACAGAUUUUCACGAUUCUGGUGACAGCCACAGCCUCCAGCGUUGGAGCCGCUGGCGUGCCCGCUGGGGGGGUCCUCACCAUCGCCAUUAUCCUGGAGGCCAUUGGGCUGCCCACUCAUGACCUUUCUCUGAUCCUGGCUGUGGACUGGAUUGUGGACCGCACCACCACCGUGGUGAACGUGGAAGGGGACGCCCUGGGUGCAGGCAUCCUCCACCACCUGAAUCAGAAGGCGAUGAAGAAAGGGGAGCAGGAACUGAGCGAGGUGAAGGUGGAGGCCGUCCCCAACUACAAAUCGGAGGAGGAGACGUCGCCCCUGGUGACACACCAGAACCCCCCCGGCCCUGCGGCCAGCGCCCCGGAACUGGAAUCCAAGGAGUCGGUUCUGUGACGGGGCUCGCUUCGGGCUUGCCUGCAGCGGCGGUGCCCGGCCUGUUAGUGCGGCCGCCGGGCACCGCGCUCGCUCUCCGACUUGUAGCCUCCGAGCAAUGCUUUGGCCCAGUCACCGGUUUGAGGAUUACCUCUCGGCACAGGCAUUGGGCUUCCCCCUGGGAACUGGUUACUGAAGACCAGAACACUCUGACAUUCGGCUUGAUCCGCAUCCAGGUGCCACUGCGUGUGCUGUUUGGAAACACGGCCUCCAGCUGCCUGGCCGGGCGCGGGCUGGGCAGCAGGCUCACGGGUCCUGGCAGUCAAAGCGUGGAACGGUGCGCACGUACUCUGCCUUGCGUCCGGUCAGCUCUGCACAGGGCGCUUUCUGGGCUAACCCAGGGGGUUUACAGUCAUCUGUUGCAUUGCCUCAUGAGCUGGAGUAAUUGGAAAAAUUCCCAAAUUCUUACCCUUGGCUGGAAUUCACUGAGCUGGGACUCGAGGUGUAAGAUUUCGUACUGUCGCGAGGUGCAGCUGGCUUCUGAGUCACCAGGGGCUGGGGGGCUUGGAGGCGCUGCUCGUUGUCAAGUUAGAAGUACUCUAGAUGGCGUUAGCACUGCGGGGGCUCUGGUCAGGGGCACUAGGUCAGAGAAAGGAGGGGGUGUGCAGCCUGCAAGGGGACACACAGACAGUCAUCCUUAUUCACCUCCCGGCCUGGGGGGGAAGUUUGCUGCCUCUGUGGCCUGGCCUCUGACACCUGGUAGCUUUAUUCCCAUCCACUCCGACGUGGCAAUAGGCAGAGAGGGACCUCUUCCUCCAUGGUCAUCACAUUCAGGACCCUUGUUGGUUUAUCAGUCUAUUAUUAUAAUUGAACUAGACCCCUAAAAUGCUGCACUGCAGCAAAACAAAAACAAAAAACCCACUCAUUAAUUGGGGUGUGGGACCCCCAUUCCCAGGUCCUCAGACCCCCAGCUUUGGCUGAUUUCCGUGGGCUUGGUUUCUUUUCCUGCCAGUACAUCAAAGUUUCAAUUAUAAGUCAAAUGUCUGCAUUCUUCCAGAUGCCUGCUGACUGGGUUUGAAUGUAGGUGAGGGGGCUUCGUAAAGAACGCCAGUGUUGGCAGGGACAGGGAAGGCUGAAUGGCACAAGACUGCUCUUUGGCUGUGGCUGUGGCUGUGAAUCCAUGGUGUGACCUGCAGCAGGUCCUGGGCCUCACUUCACCCCAUUUGUAAAAUGGGGCUGAUGUCACCUGCCUCUUCCCUACCUCAGAGGGAUUUGGUGGGGCAAACUUAGUGAAUCGGUGAAAACAACCAUUUCAGUUCUUGGGUAUCAAGUGCUGACACCCCUAUGCUCUUAUUUUUUACCUAAGUGAUACCUUUCUCCACGGAGGCCUUGCUCUCUGGUAAAGAUAGCUUUUAUGAGUGGGGCUUUGUUCUCUGUGUGCACUAGCAACUUCUGUCACGCCCCUCGUUCUCUUUGUGGUUAUUUGGUAGCAUCAAGUGCCACCUCCUGAUGUCAUUCAAGUGUUCCUGAUUCAGCGACCCGCACUUUCCACCACAUUUCCGCGUCCCUGACUUCCGUGUGACUCCAAGACCCAGGCAGUGGCCCUGCCACUCACAACAGGCCACUAACAGCUCCCCGACUGUCAGCCUCCUUCAUUUUCUUGUUUUCCCUGUUGCCGUGGCAUUGCUGUCACCCAGGCCCUGCAGAAGGGGAACACACACACCUUAGGAUGUGUGUCCCGUUGUGCUGGGAGUGGGUGUGCAGAAUGGAAGCAGGCAAGCUUCUGCAUUGACAGCUGGGGGUGUGCACCUGAGUGGAAGGAGCGGGGAAGAGCCAUGGUACACAGAGCUGGCCCGGCCAGUGGGAAGCCCAGCUCCCUCCAAAUCUCUUUAAACCAGCUAUGCCAUUCCCAUCCCCUGGGAAGCCAGGAGUGACCAGGAACGGAACUGAGCGGUGCCUGGAAACCUGUACCCUCUGGCUGGUUGCUGGUCCCCUUCUGUUUUUAAAGGGGAGACAAUCACAUCAUUUGAUCCCAAAUCGCAAAUGAACAUUCACUAUUUUUCUGCCUUUGAUAGAUCUUAUCUUUCCUUCUCUCGCACGUAUAUCCAUGUGUUGUGUGUGCACACGAGUGCCUCUGUGCAUGUGUGUUUGACACAUUGUUUUAGCUCCAAUCCAAGCACGUUUGAGUUUGGAUAGAGAUGAACUAACCACAAGUUUUAUGGCUUCUGUAAACUGAUUCUCCUGUUUCUAAAAGUGAAUUACUUCACAAAACAUAAGCAUCAAAGCUGUCCAUCCAGUGACUGGCACAUGCUCUGUCCUGAACCUGGCAAUGCAGUAGGUAGAGUGCCGUGGCCCGGAGAAGAGUGCUUCUGUGUGAAAUCCCGAUGACCGCCCCACCGUCCCCUGGGAGGAAGAGGGCACCGCGUUUCUCCCCGGUUUGCAGUCCACAAGAGAAAUCAGAGCAGAGUGACCUGGCUGGGGAAAAUCCCUCUUUCUCAUUGUCCGAAGCUGUGUCCCCUGCUGUUCUAACAUGUUGUCGUAAAUACUGUUCAAAUACCAUUAAUCUUUGCCUGUUUUAUAUGUGUGACAUUUGCCUUAAAACAUAGCCGUCCUCAAAAUGAAUACAGUGUUUCUGCUAGGA